CCAAGUGCGAUCAAUUAUCCUGGUAGCUCUACGACACGAGUAGAUAUAGUCUCUGGGGCUCAAGGCAUAUCUACAGAAUCAAACAACCCUACGGUUGGCCCAGCCGACCCAAACCAGCGAUCCGCCAAGACGCAACUCAAUCGUACCGAUAGCUCUUCUUCCAUGUGCGGACAUGGUUCUCAUGACGCAUGUCUCUUCUGCAAGGCAAAGUCACACAAUCAUUGACCCGACCCAUCCUAGUCAGGGGAAUGACGGAACUCAAAACUGCAGCCACUCCAGCAGCUCAACAUUGCCAGCGAAUCCAGCCUCAGAGCAACAAGAACAUACACAUGAGCCAAGCACGCCAGCCAUCGACCUAGGUUACAUUCGAGAGGAGAUCAGCAAAAUUCUGGAUUCAAACCCUAUAGGGCUCGAUCCCGAAGGUGAAUAUGCGCCCGACCGUGAGCUUGAAAGGCUUCUCAGCGUUAUAAAUGUCCGAGCAGUUCUGGGUGGGGACGCAGGUAAACCGCUAGAAGAUUACGCUUUGCGAGAACGAGGAACAUUCGCCACACUACUGCUGAUGCAUUAUGGCCGAGCAAACCUUAAGAAGGCAAUGCAAGCUUUCCAAUCCAGUGCCUUCACGGAUGCAAUAUUGCAAUCGAAAGAUCUGGCUCUUUGCGAUCCUGACCCCUGCGGACGAGACUGCAGACACCACUUUCCAAAACCGCCGUGGAACAGCGCCAGUCUGAGAGACCUGAAGAAGACGCGCUGGCAUUUCCUGGUCCCCAAAUUCGACCACAAGAUAUUUGAGUACGACGUACAACCCGAACAAUAUCUGCCGUUUAAGAGAAGCCGAAAGAAGCCGCAACAGCGGGCCGAAGGCUUCUUCAGUACGGUCAGCUGUGUCGAAAUGUUAUCCGACAAACAGGACGCGAUACGAUUCACGAAGAGGCCGUUCAUCGAUGUUGCCCUCAAGGAGUUGCAACGAGUGAUUUUACCUUCAGGACGACCAUAUGACAUCAGGCAAGAAUGGUUACGUGAGGUCAAGGCUCACAAGGAGCUCUCCGACGUACACGCUCAUCUUGUCCAAGGUAUCGCAGCCUACCGCACGGACGCGAAUGAUUCCGAGAACGAAAAAUACUGUAUCGUCUUAGAGUGGGCCGACGGUGGGAACUUGAGAAGCUUCUGGAAUAGCAAUACCGAAUGUCAACUCAAUGACGACCCAAGCAACAAUCGGUAUCGCAUCAAAGCCAUGCUUGGUCAAUUCCUAGGGCUCGCCGAGUGUCUGGAACUUAUGCACACGAGAACGACACAGCGCGAGAGCUUCGACGAACCAGAUUUGGAUACAGGCUUACAGCAUGUUGAUCAGCAGAAUCCAUCCCGGUCCCAGGUCUCGUUUCAACCGAAACCGAAAAUCGCUGUUCAGGGCACCGAUGAGUUUUCGGUGACUGAGAAGGACCCACGGUUGGAGUACUGGCGCCAUGGCGACAUCAAGCCAGAAAACAUCCUAAGAUUCAUCAAAGGAGACGACAAAAACUGGCUUGGAACUUUAAAACUGGCAGACUUGGGAAGAGCACAGCAACAUGCGGAGAGGACUGCCAUGAGACAGAGCGCAGAGAGAGAGCAGUUCAGAACAGUUCUAUAUGAACCACCAGAUCUCUAUGAUGAUAAACACAAGAAUGGUCAAGGUCAGAUCUCUCGACUGUUCGAUGUUUGGUCCAUGGGAUGCGUUAUCUUCGAAUGCGUCGUCUGGAUGCUGUAUGGUGCAAAAACCAUCGCGAGUUUCCAAGACAACCCAACGAUCAAGAAGUAUGAGCUUGUUGGAACUCCGUACUGGAUCAUAGACGGAGCCAAUGGAUACAAAUUGACGGAUCGCCUGACCGCUUGGAUGCAACACAUAUCUGAAGACAGCACAGGUUAUAGCAACGCCCUUGGGGACCUUGUGAGACUGGUCAGGGAUAAGCUUCUUGUGAUCAAGUUGCCUCAGGAUUCAGAACUGCCAGCCCCGGGUACUCGCAUAAGCGCAUCAAACAUGAGGAAGGAGAUUGAACUCAUUGUACGAAAGGCAGCUGAAAAUGAUGACUAUCUUUUCAGUAGGGCCAACAAAUUCGUGGCGCAACCUCCUCCUGCCGACCGAUCCAACACCAGCCUGCUAUUACCCCGCAGCCAUGGCAGCCCUGAAAAACAAAGAGACUCCUUGAUGGUUCCAGGCGCAAGUACCAGCCGCCCAACUGUUGGUGGAGCCGCUACAACUUUGGCGGAGUCGAGAGUAUACACCGAUACUGUUCGCGAUACCUGGCUGCAUCUCGAUGACAAUACUUUUGCAGGCUCCGUGAGUAUUUCUGAUCAUCCCCAUGACGAUGAUGCUCUAUGCUCCAAGUGUCAACAGAUCGAUCUCGUGUCCGAUCAGUUCAAUUUCGACAGGAAGGACAUAGAGGCCACUAUCAACAAGUGCCGUCUUUGUGCUCUGGUCCCAACAGUGCUUGCUCGGACAGGAAUAGGAGCACAUCAUUCAGUUAAUCUCACAAGAGAUUUUGACCAUUUCACCGUUCUUCAAUCGGAUGCCAAGGUGACUAAGGUCCUGCGUGUCUGCCGUACUGACGAGAGCUCGGACUCCAGCUUGCAAGAGUUACCUCGGGGUGCGCCCAACCUGUUCGGUCCGAGUGAUCUCGGUGCUUUUGUGAGACUUCCGCACGCCUGGCUCAAGGAUUGUGAUGGCCAUUCUACAUGUCAUCCGAAGCGUGACCAGAGUAUACUGCCUGUCCGAUUGGUCUGCGUCAAGGACGUAGACAGGCCUAAGAUCGUCGACUCAGCGGCUAUCACAGGCGAUACGACGAAUGAACGGUACAUUGCGUUCUCUCAUAAGUGGGGCGACAAACACUUCCCGACGACGACAAGUCACAACCUGGCCGCCCGCCGGGAGCUAAUACCAAAAGACGAGCUACCACAGAGCUUUAUUGACGCGAUCAAGGUCACAAAAGCUCUUGGAUGCGACUACUUGUGGAUAGAUUCUCUGUGUAUCAAUCAGGGAAGUGAUGGCGAUUUUGAUGCGCAAGCCAGUUCCAUGCAGAAUGUAUACAGUAACGCCUACUGUGUGAUCGCUGCGUCAAAAGCGGAAGGCGCAACAGAGGGAUUCCUGUUCCGGAAAAAUGGACUCGCCUCGGCAGGCUCUGUGAGGAAAAGUGGCGUAUACGUCUCCGCUAUCACCAAUGACUUCACGAGGGACGUACUUGAGAGCCCAUUGAACCGAAGAGGCUGGGCGUUCCAGGAGCGUGCGCUAGCCCGCCGUACCAUAUUCUUCACGGCCACCCAGAUGUAUUGGGAGUGCGGCCAUGGUAUACGAUGUGAGACAUUAGCGAAAUUGGGACAUGACGAGAUCGCCUUCUUGGGCGAUGCAAACUUCCCCAGCAAAGCCAUUGAUCGCGACGGCAGUCGAGGUACACAAAUACACAUUUGGACUUCAAUUUUCAAGGACUAUGCCUUGCUCGAUAUCUCACGUCCACCUGAUCGAUCAGUCGCUAUCGAAGGCUUGAUGGCUCGCCUCGCGGGCGCUUUCAAGACAGCCAGCCUUUACGGCCUGUUCAGGAGGUUCUGGGGACGUUGCCUGCUGUGGCGGCGUCCGCAGAAUGGCCUCCCAAUGAGGCGAGUACUUCAAGAGGGAUAUGACAUCAAGUUGGCUCCAACUUGGUCGUGGAUGGCUGUCCUCGGCGGAAUCGACUUUCUCAGCCCAGAAGGCGGGCAGGUGCUUUGGAAUUCCGGCAUUGAUCUGCCACCAGCCUUGAACAAGGAUUCCCCACAACGCCAGCAGAAGACCCUACCUCAGCGACCCACAGACAGUAUCGCAGAAGAAGAUGCAAUCAUUGCACCGGCAUACCGCUUCACAGCUGCGUCUCAGUACGAAAGCGAACAGGGUAUUUACUACGAUGACGAUACGACACGUGCUGAUGAAAAAGUCAGGGCUGUCAUCAUAUGCACGUCGCAGGAGCAAGAUGACAGCAAGAAGGAGCACCAUGUACUGCUGGUGUUGGAGGCCAUGCUCACCACAGUACCGCCGACUUACGAACGAAUCGGAGUCGGUCUGUUGCCAGAGACUUGCAUUGAUCGUAGAAGUCGUAUCGAGAUUGCUAUUGGGUAGUGCGCGCGAAGCGAAGACGCGGAUAGCAACGAUGGCCAUGAUAUAGAGAUUUGUUUAUGAAAAGGCGUGAUUUCGGUUCGGAGGGAAAGUG